UUGUUUAACACCCGCAUUUAGUAGAAUUUUUUGCAAACACAAUUUUCGUGGCCGUGGGCAUUGCAUAGCUCCGGAACAGCAGUUUCGAAAUCAUUUCGACGACUGGCAGAGUCGCUCACAAGCAAAUCAGGCCAACCAUUCGAAGCUCCGUCAUGUUUUCCCACCUGAAAAGUCAGCGUGUGAAUUUGCAGCUGCUGCAGGAGGCCGCCCACAAUGAGUUGGUGCAACACCUUGAGCGCAUCGAGGGCUCCAAGGUCGUUGUGCUAGACAAGGCCUUGGUGUUGCCUCUUGGUCUAGUCACCGAAGUGAAGGUCUUUACGGAACGCAACAUCAAAUUGAUUGUUCUGUCAGGAGAACUCGAUGUGCCUAAAGAUGUGACCAAUAUCAUUUAUAUAGUACGGCCACAGGUGUCAUUAAUGGAUCAAGUGGGAAAUCAUGUCAUGAAGUUGGGUCAGCAGGGUCGCCAAUUUCAUAUAUUCUUUGUGCCACGUCGCUCAUGCCUUUGUGAGAAACAGCUGGAAAACAAGGGUUACCUGUCCAGUUUCGGAAGCGUCGAGGAGCUUUCCUGGAACUUUCUUCCACUUGACGCGGAUGUUGUCAGCAUGGAACUGCCGCAUGCGUAUCGCGACGUGACGAUCGAUGGCGAUACAACUUCGCUUUACCAGGCGGCCAUGGGGCUGGUGCAGCUGCAACGCCUCUACGGCCGCAUACCCAAGAUUUAUGGAAAGGGAGUGCAGGCGCAACGCGUCUGGGAUCAUGCUAAGCAACUCGCCAUCAAUGAGAAAUCCCUUUACAAUGGCGACAAGGGUGCCAUUGAUCAGCUCAUACUGUUGGACCGUGGCAUUGAUUUGCUCACGCCACUGGCUACUCAGCUCACCUAUGAGGGUCUAAUCGACGAGCUCUUUGGUAUUCAACAGAACAAAUUGAUGAUGCCGGCUCAUCAUUUCCCUGCGAGCAACAUUGGUAUUGCUGGUGAUUCCUUUGCAAAGCUGCUUGGCUUUCCGAACACCAAAAUCAUUUCACUGCACUCCGGCGAGGAAGGAUAUUCGGAGCUGCGCAACAAACACUUCAACGAGGUGAUCCGCCUACUUGAACGUAAGGUCAAGGAGCUGAACAUCGAAAUGAACAAAUAUUCGCGUGAGCACUCAGUCCGACAGCUACACAUAUUUGUGGAUAAACUGAAGAUUCUGGAGGAGGAGAAACGCGCCAUGUCCCAACACACAGAAAUUGCGACACUCAUACAGACCCAAGUGAAUGAAUACACGUUUGCCGAGGAUGUAGCUGCCGAACAAGAGUUUAUGGUCUGUGCGGACAUCGACAAGACCAGCGUAUACAUUGAGGAUCAGAUAGCGCGCAAAAAUGAACUACGAAAUGUUUUACGACUGAUUUGUCUGCAGUGUGCCGCCGCUUCAGGCCUCAAAGAGAAAGUGCUCAACAGCUAUAAGCGCGACCUUGCUCAGGUCUAUGGUCUAGAGGUUCUGCUGACGGUCAGUAAUUUGGAAAAGGCGGGACUCCUCUACCCACAGACCGAGUCUCGGUCCUACGCCGUGCUGCGCAAAACACUACGGCUGACUGUUGAGGACAGUGUCGAGGUGGAGCCAAAGGAUAUCAGCUAUGUGCACAGCUUCUAUGCGCCGCUAACUACGCGCCUAGUAGAGCUAUCUCUCAAGCCCUUGGGCUGGCAGUCACUGAAGAGUCAAAUUACCAAUCUGCCCGGCCCGACCUUCGAAGAUUUUCAGGCCCAACUGAUUGGUAUAGGAGGGCGGCAUGUGGGCACCACGCCCAGCGAGGGUUCGCUGUUGCAUGUGCCGCGUGUGGUGCUCGUCUGCUUUGUGGGCGGCUGCACCUUUGCUGAAAUUGCUGCGCUACGCUUCCUCGCCGCCCAGGAGGACAACCAUGUUGAGUUUGUGGUCGCUACCACCAAUAUCAUCAACAAGCACACAUUCCUCGACAGCGUGAUGGGCUCGUGAAGACAACGACUGAGCCGGCUGGAGGCUCAUCGGUUGUCCAGUGGCUGUGGCUUAUCGCGCGGACGCAAUGCAUCUGGAACCCUAAGACCAUGACAAUUAGUUCCAAAGAAUCGCACCAGUGCAUCCGGAUUGAUUCAGAAGCAUUAGCCUGAUUGGCGCCAUAUACUAUAAUCAGAUACAAAUUCAAAAUCAGAUUCAGAGUGUAUACUUGUAUAAACCUAUUUUUCUAUCCUUUACAUCAUAUACAUGCCUAUACAUAUGUAUGUAUGUACAUAACUAUUUGUAUUAUGCUAUUUACCUAUUUAUACGUGUAUAGUGUGUAAGUGCAAAAGCUUUGGAUAUAUUAUUUAUUUGUAGAUAAAACGUGUCUUGUGACCAAAACAAACCUUGUAA